AUGGAGGUACUCUCAGUCGGGGACUGUGAAGUCGAUUUUGAUGAUAAUGACAAGCUUUCAAUAAUGCCAUUAGGGGCGGGACAGGAGGUUGGCCGCUCGUGCAUUUUGCUUACCUUCAAGGGAAAGAAAAUAAUACUUGACUGUGGGGUCCAUCCUGGAUUGCAUAACAAAGAAAGCCUUCCAUUCAUCGAUGCCAUUCCAGAGAUUGAAACCACAGACCUCAUUCUAAUAAGCCACUACCAUCUAGAUCACUGUGGGGCACUGCCAUUUCUUUUAUUGAAGACAAAUGUGCGUGCAAAGUGUUAUAUGACACAUGCCACGAGAGCUAUUUAUCGCUACUUGCUUGCUGACUUUGUUAAAGUCAGGUAUGACGCACUUUUCUUCUCAGGUUUGUUUAGCAAUUCUGGCAUUUUAGAACAGUCGUUGUACACGGAUGGAGAUAUUGUUCAGAGUCUCGAGAAAAUUGACCCUAUUGACUUUCAUCAGGAGCUGGAAGUAAACGGCAUCAAAUUUUCGGCAUAUCACGCUGGCCAUGUUCUCGGCGCUGCUAUGUUUCUUAUUGAGAUUGCUGGUGUUAAGAUUUUGUACACAGGUGACUUUAGUCGCCAAGAGGAUCGACAUUUGAUGUGUGCUGAAGUGCCUCCUCACCAUCCAGACAUUCUGAUCACUGAAUCGACCUAUGGAAUUCACAUUCAUGAUAAGCGGGAGGAACGCGAGAAGCGUUUCACUAGUUUAGUCCAUGAUAUUAUCUCCCGCGGUGGUCGCUGUCUCAUACCUGCCUUUGCCCUCGGUCGCGCGCAGGAGUUGAUGCUCAUCCUGGACGAAUACUGGGCCGCCCACCCCGAACUCCAGGACGUCCCCAUUUACUAUGCUAGUCAGCUCGCCUGCAAGUGUAUGGCAGUUUACCAGACCUUUAUCGCUGCCAUGAAUGAUCGCAUCCGUAAUCAAGUGGCAAAUAAUAAUCCUUUCUGCUUCCGAUUCAUUUCAAACUUACAGAGUAGGAACCACUUGGACGACUCGGGUCCCUGUGUGGUCCUGGCGAGUCCUGGGAUGAUGCAGUCAGGCUUGAGCCGGGAGCUCUUCGAAAAUUGGUGCACCGACAAGAGGAACGGUGUUAUAAUUGCAGGAUACUGCGUAGAGGGCACUCCAGCUAAGCAAAUCCUCUCUCAGCCUGCCGAGGUGCCUACCAUGUCUGGCCAAAUGCUGCCGCUCAAGUGCUCCGUCGAGUACAUUAGCUUCUCCGCUCACACCGACUACCAGCAGACCAGCGAGUUUAUCCGCGAACUCAAGCCCAACUAUGUUGUUCUGGUGCACGGUGAACAAAAUGAAAUGAUGCGAUUGGCGGGAGCUCUACAACGUGAAUACGAGGAUGAUGAGAACUGUCAUCUGGAAAUCUUCACCCCAAAAAAUUGCGAGUCGGUCAACCUACGGUUCAAGGGCGAAAAGGUUGCUAAAGUGCUUGGUAGUCUGGCAAAGACCAGAGGGAGCGGCUCAUUUGAGGGCAUGAAGGCGGGAGAUUCGGGACGCGAAAGUUUAUCUGGGGUGUUGGUCAAAAAAAAUUUCGCCUACCACAUUAUAACUCCGACUGAACUUCCUGUUUAUACCGAGCUUGCCACCACCGUCGUGACGCAGGUCAUAGCUAUCCCGUUCUCCGGAUCUGCGAGUCUUUUGCAAUUCCACCUUACUAUGAUUGCUGGAAAAGUGAAGGUUAUCGAACACUCGGAGGAAUCUGUUACAUUUAUUGUUUUUGACGAAGUUACUGUAACAUGGCAAUCUAAUGUUGUCCGCAUUAAGUGGGUGGCAAAUCCAGUGAAUGAUAUGUAUGCUGAUGCCAUCCAGAGCGCCGUGUUGCGAGCUUCACCGAUCUCUUCAGGCACUCUAUCUACCCUCCGGGAGCCCGAUUUUAAUCAAUUCUGCGGCGCAUUGGGGGUGAUGCUGCAGGACGCUUUUGGGCCCGAUUGCCUGAAGGCCAGCGGUGGUGUGGUCGACCCCAAAGCGGAUCGCCUUCGAGUGGAUGUCGAUGAGAACGUAGUGGAGAUCGACCUAAAGGGCCUGACUGUGAAAUGUUUGAAAAACUCAAAACUGGAGCGGCUUGUGGUUGCAAUGAUCAGGCGUUUAAAUCACUCCCUUUCACCUGUCUAA